AUGGUGAGUGUGUGGCGAUCGCAGUUUCGUUGGGGUAUCAGCGUGUUGGCGGCGGUGGUGGCGGGCGCGCUGGUCGCCUUGCUGGUGCUCCAGCCGUGGAACAGCAGGGACCAUCCGCGCUAUCUGCGCGCCGCCGUCGCCGCUAAUGGCUACGAAUGCGCUUCCAUUGGACGUGAAAUACUCGAGAGAAAUGGUUCUGCCGUGGAUGCGGCGAUAGCAACUUUAUUUUGCGAGGGCUUGGGCUGCGCACAAUGUAUGGGGCUCGGUGGCGGGUUUUUGGCCACGGUGUACGACGCAUCCACGGGCCAGGUUCGCGUGAUCAACGCGAGAGAGAGGGCGCCAGCGGCUACUUACGAGAACAUGUACGACAACAAGUCCUCCAUAGUGGGAGGCUUGGCCAUCGCCGUGCCCGGAGAGCUCAGAGGUUACGGCGAGCUCCACCGGGUAUACGGACGCCUCCCGUGGGACGAGUUAGUGAAACCAGCAGCAGAACUAUGCCGCGAAGGUCACCGAGUCAACGAAUACAUGGGCCGCGUGCUCCGGUCUUACAGCGACAGGAUCAAAGCAGAACCUUCUAUGAGGGAAAUAUACGUGAAUCCGGAAACGGGGGAGGUGUGGAACGAGGGCGAUUACAUUCGCGAACCAACCCUGGCACAAACGUUGGACGUGAUCGCCGAAGAGGGCCCGGAGGCGAUUCACAACGGUUCGCUUACGGCCGCGCUCGUCAGAGAUAUCCAAGCGUUCGGCGGAAUCAUCACGGAAGACGAUCUCAGGAAUUACAGGGUGGAAUGGCAAGAACCUAUCGCGGUGCCCAUAACAGAAGACUACACGUUGUACUCGGCGCCGCUGCCGGGAUCAGGCUCGGUGUUGGCGUUCAUCCUCAACAUGUUACGCGGCUGGGUCGGGCCCGGGAGCGACGUGCCCAUCGCCUCCAACCUUUACUGGCACCGCGUCGUAGAAACCUUCAAAUACGCGUACGCGAAGCGAACCGGCCUCGGCGACCCUUCACGUUAUAACCUGCCGUAUGACAUCCAGGAGUUAGAACGUAAUCUGUCUUCCCGAGAGUGGGCGGAGUCGCAUCGCGCCUUGGUAGACGACAAUCGAACAUUUUCGGACUGGCGACACUAUGGUGCUCUAUUUGAAGGCGCUGACGACCACGGCACCGCUCAUGUUGUUGUAGUUGCGCCGGACGGUAGCGUCGUGUCAGCCACAAGCACCAUUAAUUACAUAUGGGGAUCACAGAGGCGAUCACGAAGUCUCGGUAUAAUGUUGAAUAACGAGAUGGACGAUUUUGCGAUACCGAACCGAGAGUCGGCUUACGGGCUGCCGCCGUCGCCGGCGAACAUGCUGGCGCCGGGCCUGCAGCCGCUCAGCUCCAUGGUGCCGAGCAUCGUGCUAUCGGAGGACGGCGUCGUGAGGCUUGUACUUGGCGCAGCGGGCGGCACCAAAAUUACUACUCAAGUAUCCUUGGCGGUUAUGCAUACAAUCCUCGAAGGAAGUGAUCUACCGGAUGUCAUGCUCCGGCCGCGACUUCAUCAUCAACUAUUGCCGAUGGAAGUUGAAUACGAAGCAGAUUUCGAUGCGACGGUGAUAGAGUAUCUGCAGGAAAGAGGCCAUGCGACAACAGCCCGUGGCCCAACAGCAGGUUUCGCAGCAAUGGUGGCGACGGCUCGCGAUGACAGCGGAUACUUGAUACCGCAGACUGACCGUCGAAGACUUGGCAGUAUUGAUGGUUUCUAA